CUAUGGUACUUUACAUAUUUGCAGUCACAACGGAAGUCUGCAAGACUGGAACGUUUGACUGAGGCUCGUAAACGAGAAUGGUUGGAUUCCGGAGCAGACCAUGGAUUUGUUCGGCUAUACGCACCGGCAGGAUCACGCUCCCUGGUUUAUCCAGUAACUCUGGAAACCACUGUGCAAGAUAUAUGCUCAGUUCUGGGAUUCGAAUGCCUGUACUUGCAAGUUGGUGGUUCCAGAAUCAGAAAUUUGACCACUGGUGCACGACCACUGGAGCUUCAAAAUGAAAUUUUUACGAAUAUUGGUUAUGAGACAGUUGCGGAGCGCAUGGCUGUUGGCGAUGCUACCCAUCUCACACACAUAUUCAUAUCUACGAAAAUUAAUUCACGCUGCCCAGGUCGACCGGAGCAGAAUUCGGGUGCAAAUGAAAUCCUGAUAGCUUGGUGCAAUGUGCGCAAAGGUCGAUUGCUGCAAAAAUGGAUUAAACGUCGCUGUACAUUGUACAAUGGUACCAUUCGUAUCGAGCAUGGUAAGCUUUUUCAGGAAAUUUUAUUAGUUUUAUAG